AUGAUUUCAUUGACAGUUUAUUGCCUCACUUGGAAAAAGGUGAUAUCAUUAUCGAUGGUGGUAACUCGCAUUUCCCCGACUCAAACCGUCGUUGUACUGACUUGGAGAAGAAGGGCAUUUUUGUUUGUUGGCUCUGGUGUGUCAGGUGGUGAGGAAGGUGCCCGUUAUGGACCAUCCUUGAUGCCUGGUGGCCACCCAGAUGCUUGGCCCCACAUCAAGGAAAUUUUCCAGAGUAUUGCAGCAAAGUCUGAUGGUGAGCCAUGCUGUGACUGGGUCGGUGAUGGAGGUGCUGGUCAUUACGUGAAGAUGGUGCACAAUGGUAUUGAAUACGGUGACAUGCAAUUGAUCUGUGAGGCUUACGAUUUGAUGAAGCGUGUCGGUAAGUUUUCUCACAAGGAAAUUGGAGAUGUGUUCACUCAAUGGAACAAGGGAGUAUUGGACUCUUUCUUGAUUGAAAUCACUAGGGACAUUAUGUACUUCAAUGAUCCAACUGAUGGUAAGCCAUUAUUGGAGAAGAUUUUGGACUCUGCAGGUCAAAAGGGUACUGGAAAAUGGACUGCUAUCAAUGCUUUGGACUUAGGUAUGCCUGUUACUUUGAUCGGUGAGGCCGUCUUUGCUCGUUGUUUGUCUGCCUUGAAGUCUGAGAGAGUGAGAGCUUCCUCUCUUUUGACCGGUCCAUCCACUGAUGACUCUCCAGUCACUGACAAGAAGAAGUUUGUAGAUGACUUGGAGCAAGCCUUGUAUGCAUCGAAGAUCAUUUCUUACGCUCAAGGUUUCAUGUUGAUCAGAGAAGCUGCCAAGGAGUACGGCUGGAAGUUGAACAACCCAGCUAUCGCCUUGAUGUGGAGAGGAGGAUGCAUCAUCAGAUCUGUGUUCUUAGGAGAAAUUACCUCCGCUUACCGUGAAAAGCCUGACUUGGAGAACUUGUUGUUCCAUCCUUUCUUCAAUGAGGCUAUCACCAAGGCGCAAAAGGGUUGGAGAUCCACAAUCAGCAAGGCUGUUGAAGCAGGAAUUCCCGUGCCUGCUUUCAGUACUGCUCUCUCUUUCUACGAUGGUUACAGAUCUGAAAAGUUGCCAGCUAACUUGUUGCAAGCUCAAAGAGAUUAUUUCGGUGCUCAUACCUUCAAGGUCUUGCCAGGCCAGGAAAACGAUUUUGUCAAAGGAGACUGGAUUCACGUCAACUGGACUGGAAAAGGUGGAAAUGUUUCCGCAUCUACCUAUGAUGCUUAA